AGUCCCCAGCUAGGCUAGGGCUCCAGCUCCAUUCCCAGCUUUGGCUCUCCCUCCCUCUGGCACCCCCAUGCCUUCCCUGCCUGGCCCCCCACUCCCUCAGCCUCCCCCAGCCCCUCAUUAGGCCCCCUCAAAAAUCCCGGGGUGCUGAAGUGUGGGCAGGGGUGUGUGUGUGUGUAUGUGUAUGUUUGUCUAUGUGUGUGUGCCUGUGUGUGUAGAAUCUGCAGGCAGAUUGGGGGGGAACCUUGGAAUCUCGUGGGGUUGAGCAUUGUAAGGAAGGGGGUUGGAGAAGAGUAGGGUAGGCAAGUCAGGGGGAAAUUGGAGGUGGGGCAAGCAAUCAAAGGGAAACCGGGAAGCUUGAGCAGUAUAGGUCAGAGACUGGAAGGAGGGGGGUUGUGAGACCCCUGUGGGGUGGCCCAGGCUGUGUGUGGCUUUGGGGGAAGUUGGUGCCUCCACCCCCCCAGGCCUUGGCAGGGGGGGUAAUGGGGGCCCUCCAUCCUGGGCUGGGGGGCGUGAGAGUCGGGGGGCUGCUCCUGGGCCUCUUGGGGCUGGUGUCGGGGCUUAGCCUGGAACCUGUCUACUGGAACUCGGCGAAUAAGAGGUUCCAGGCAGAGGGUGGCUAUGUGCUCUACCCCCAGAUUGGGGACCGACUGGAUCUGCUGUGCCCUCGGGCCCGGCCCCCCGGCCCACACUCAUCCCCAGACUAUGAGUUCUACAAGCUGUACCUGGUCGGAGGAGCCCAGGGCCGGCGCUGUGAGGCACCCCCAUCCCCUAACCUGCUCCUGACCUGUGACCGGCCUGAUGUUGAUCUUCGAUUCACCAUCAAGUUCCAGGAAUACAGCCCCAACCUAUGGGGACAUGAAUUCCGUUCACACCAUGACUACUACAUCAUUGCUACGUCAGAUGGAACCCGAGAGGGCCUGGAGAGUCUGCAGGGCGGGGUCUGCCUGACCAGGGGGAUGAGGGUGCUUCUCCGUGUGGGACAGAGUCCCCGGGGAGGGACAGCUCCUCGAAAACCUGUCUCUCAAAUGCCAAUGGAGAAGGACCGAGGUGCAGCACACCGCUUGGAUCCCAGCAAAGAGAACAUGUCAGGUGAUCCCUCCAGUAAUGCAACUUCCCGGGGUACAGAGGGCCCUCUUCCUCCCCCUAGCAUACCAGCAGUGGCUGGAGCAGCCGGGGGACUGGCCCUGCUCCUCCUGGGUGUGGCAGGGGCAGGGGGUGCCGUGUGUUGGCGAAGACGACGGGCCAAGCCUUCGGAGAGCCGACAUCCUGGGCCAGGCUCUCUGGGGAGGGGAGGAUCUGUGGGACUUGGGGGCGGGGGAGCAGGAGGAGUAGGUCACCGAGAUACCGAGCCUGGGGAGUUGGGGAUCCCUCUGAGGGGUAGUGGGACUACCGAUCCCCCCUUCUGUCCUCACUAUGAGAAGGUGAGUGGUGACUAUGGACACCCUGUGUACAUCGUGCAAGAUGGGCCGCCUCAGAGCCCUCCAAACAUCUACUACAAGGUGUGACGGUCCCCAUGCUACUCAUGAAACCUGGGUUUCCCAGAGACAUCCUAGGGAUGCCCUGCAGUCUCAAUCAUGGUUUGAGGGAAUUCCUUCUUCCCCGGUACUUUCUCUUUGAACCCCAAUCUGCUGCCCCUUCAUUCUUCUGAACGUCUCCCUGUGUUUCCAAGACCCCCCAGAAGACCCUCCCAUCAAGUUUCUGCUCUCGUCUGCCCCCUUAAACCAUUGCCUACCCUCCAGCUUGGGGUCCUGCCUUCUUCCUGGCUACAGUGAAGACAGAGGUAGAGACAGGA